GCAUUGAAAAUGUUAAGUAAAAGUACUAAAGUAUUAGCAUCACAACGUACUUGAAGUACCAGCAGUACCAGUACUGGUCCUGCAGAACUGUCCACGUCCCAGUAACGUCUCUGAUACUGGAUCAUAGUCACGAUAGAUUGGUCACGAUCUCGGUUUAUUAUCGGAAAUUAAAAACUUGAUACUAAAUCACAUUUACAGAGGAACAGACGUAAACAUUUUUUACAUUUAUCCUGUUUUUUGUUGUCAUGUUGAUACUGGGAUGUUAAAGUGGGCAACAGUUUGUGAAGUUUGAGUGGCUGCUGACAAAACCCUUCAUCUCAGGAGUCAAACUGUCUGUGGAUCCUGGGAUUCAUGUCAGAAUGACCAAAUGAUAAUACCAGUAAAUAAUAAUGACUUCUUAUGUUAAGAUGUACCGGCCGGUUACUGUGCACCUCAUCACACUGUCAGCUGUGCCCAGUUCAGCAGACACUCGUCCCUGCAGACUGUUUCUCAGAGAAGGGGUCCACUCUCUUCAGGAUGUCCAGUACGGUCCAGGACGCCCUCAGGCCCCCUGCUGCACAAAUAAACUUCAGUGCUGGUUCAAGCUCGUCAUCUAGUGGAGGAAAGUGAGAGGAGCACUGAUGAAACUAGUCAGCUGACUCCAGUUUCUUUUCUUCUUUCUGUGUCCUAACUCGCAGCCUCAUUUCACUUGUGCUGUUUUAACACAUCUGCUGAAAACCAAAGGUGUAGGUAUGUUAGCUUCCUCGGCAGGUUGGUGCCUGCACAGCCGGGGCUGACCGGCAGGCUGCCCGCCACUGAGCUGUGGAUCCUCCUAGCAACUGCUGCUGCUGAUGAAGUUAACGUUAUGAACAGGGCCGCUAAAGCUAACCUGCUAGCUCACAAUGAAGCUAGCUAACCUGCUCCGUUUACGAGAGCAGUUGAGAGGAAGAAGCUAACCUAGCAUAUAAUGUCGACGUUAAAGCAGAUGUCAGCUAACGCGAAGACUUAUCCACUCCUGAGGGAUUUUUGUUUGUAUGUAGACAUGGGGAGGUAUUUCCACAGCGAGAUCGACAUUAAGAGCCCAUGGCAUCAGGUGCUGGCUGCCUUCUGGCGGCGCUACCCCAACCCAUACAGUACCCACGUCCUCACUGAGGACGUCCUAUAUCGUGAGGUCACCCCUAGCAAUCACCUGUUGUCACGGCGACUGCUGACCAAGACCAACCGGCUGCCAGGCUGGGCAGAGCACGUCUUCCCCAGGCACAUGGCCCGCGCCGUCUACGUCCUGGAGGACUCCAUCGUCGACCCGCACGCGCACACACUCAUCACCAAGACCUGGAACCUCAACCACAACAAACUGAUGACAGUGGUAGAGCGGUGUUUGUUUGAGGAGGACCGCAGUCGGCCAUCUUGGACCAAACUAAGCAGAGAGGCCUGGAUCUCCUCGGCCAUCUACGGCCUGGCCCGGCCCAUACAGGAGUUUGGUCUCUCCAGGUUUAAAACGAACCAAGCCAAAGCCAUGAAGGGGCUGGAGUACACUUUGUCCAAAAUACAGACUGAGACGCCCCCUCAUCUCCUUGGCGACGAGUCGUCAGAGAAGCACAAGCCACUCCCACCACAGGCCACGCCCACCGCUACCCAGAAACCCGAGCAGUUCAUCUGAACGCCGCCUGACCGAUUCUGCUAGAGUUGAACUUGUGCAUCUUUUUUAAAUGUUGUUUUUUGUGCUUUGCCUCUAAUGUUAUUAUUUUACGAGGUAAGUGGGUCUGGAGAGGUCGUUAUGACAGACAGGCCGGACCCAAACCGGGCCCCAGAACUCGUCCAUCUAGUCAUCUGGUCAACCAAACCAACCUCAGCCGUGACGUCACGGAACAAGUGCUGCUCAUCAAAUCUGACUGAAGCCGCGGGAAAUAAUUUCUAAGAGCUGCUCAGUCUGAACUAUAGUCGUUAACCUGGGACUGAUUUAAGCUGUGAAAUGAGUUUUAUUUCUUAAAGUUCAUUUUGCUUUUCAUUCAUUUGUAGGUAAUUCUGUUGUCAUCGUUAGCUCAUGUGGAGUUUCAUAGAAGGUUUGUUAUUUAAAAGACAUCCAAUGAGUUCGUAUUUAAAAUCUGAAUUUAUUUAUGAUGUAAAGGUUUGAAUUCUGGUGACAUUUUUAAGGUUACGGUUCACAUUCGAUUCUGUUUUUUUUGUUGUUAUUUUUAUGAAAAGAGCUUUUAUUUGUUUAUUUUGAACAGUUUUAUGUUUUUAUGUUUUCCUGAUUGUGUUAUUCAUCCUGACAUCAUUAUUUAUUGUUUCAUUAACUCCUUCCUUUCUGCUGAGGUUAUGUUUGUAUUUACAGCCGAUCAGCAGCAGUGGAAGAAGUACUCUGAUCCUUUACUUAAGUAAAAGUACUCAUUAUGCAGACUGGCCCACGUUCCUGUGUAUCAUAUUACUGUAGUACUGUGUCCAUCACUUUUAGUGUUGUAGCUGGUAAAGGGGGUCGAGUUUUAUCUGGCGUCUGUGUAUUAAAUUUGAAGUACUGCUGUACAGCCUGUGAAGUUUCCACCAUGGAUCAGUGAGGCCGUAUA